GUUAAUAUUGUUCUAUUUGGUCGUCAUGUUAAAUUACAAAUUCUUCAAUUGUCAACACGAUUGUGAUCAAGUUGAUAUGAUGAAAGAAAGAAAACUUGUAUUUAAAAGUGAUACAUAUGAAUAUUCAAAUCAUUAUUACUAUUUUCAGACCAUUCGCCUAAAUCAAACUAGUCCAGUUCUUAAUGAGAAAUUUGAGAGACUGGUUUCUGGUAAGUCAGUUAUCUCACAAUCCCGAUUUACAUUCUACGGUGCUGACGUUAAUAAACUCUAUAUAAACAUGUUUGGUUUAAUAAGAAUGUACGGAUCAUGGAACUUAGGAACAAUUAGCAAUCAUAUGGAUGGUGAAAUUCAAAUUGGAUGUGAGAUUUUAGAUAAGCGUCUUGUGUACAAUGUGACCACUCUAACAUAUCCGAAUGGGAAGAUAUCAUUCUAUUAUGAGAACAUUCCUGAGGAAAUUGGCGAAAUUCCCCUGAAAUCGAGCUUUUCCGGAUCAAUUCAGUGUGAAAAAGGAGGUCAGAGAUUCGUUCAAAUAAAUGUUCCGGAGGAAUGGAUCAAAAGCGGAACGUUGGUUGAGCAUGAAGUUUCUGGGGAUUGUCCAAAACACAAUUCUAUUGAAGCAUGUGAAGACGCAACAACAUCAAAUACAAAGUGCAUGUGGUGUGAAAAAGCGAAUAUGUGUAUUAAUAGUAAUGAUAAGGAUAUGCAUGAGUUCAAAGUAAAUGGUUGCCAGAAUAAAGUGAGUAAUUGGUAAACUCCACAGGUUGCUUUCAAUACUACCAUAUUCUACAUCAUAAAUCUAUUUACUAGGAAGAACAUUUUAUUGCUACGGAUAAGUAAUGAUUUGUAUUGUUCCCUCAGUUCACAAAUCAAACCAUUGUAUACAUUGACGAUAUUUAAUCAGAUAUGAGUCCAAUGUUUUGUUUUCAUAUGGACAUUCAACAAUCAAUAAUAACGUUGUUUAACACUUAUGCCUGGAAACAUGUUAUUUUUCAGCUCAUAGAAUGUGUAGUGACUCUCGAUGUCCAAUAUGAAGCCGUCUAUCUGUGUGACAUGUUAUGAAAUAUUAAUGAAAUCAGUUUGGAUGAUGAAGCGUAAUAUGUUGAAAAUUCUGCAUAAUUUUUGGAUACAUAGUAAAAGUUCUGUCAUCAAUCCUAACAAUAGUGUAUAAUGAACGUUGAACUAUUUGAUUAUUAUUUCGUGUUUAGUAAUAUUGACACCAUUUUUUCUACAGAACAGUUUGAAUGUCAACCUUUGGAAUAAACCAACACUUGUUGAACGCGGCAGAACAACUACAGGAAAUGAAUUGAAGAAAGCUACUCAAUACACUGGAUCCCGUUCGGUAAAUAUUUGAUAUCUAGUAAUUAUUAUACUGUUUCGUAUUUUUCCAGAAUAUGACUUCAGAAGUAGCAGAAGAGAAAAACCACAAGACGUUACACUAUUCCCCAUACAUUAUCAUACCUUUAGUUGUCUUGUUCUUCGUUGUGUUCAUUACCUGUGUCAUGUGGAUAUGGUUUCACAGAAAAAGAUGUAAUCCAUGAUCCAACUAAACAUGUUUGGUCUUAAUUUUAUCAUGCUGACUUUGUUAUUUUCACUUCGUAUUUUAUUAAGGACACUUUUUAUUUUGUUAAUCAUUUCAACAAAUCGGAAUUUUUUCAUGAAACUACAUCUCACGUAAUAACUGUUGAUAAAAUAUGGUUUUUUUGUAUCUCCGUA